UCCUUUGGCUCAGGGCUACUGGAGUGCAGUGGCCGGAGUGGCUGUGGCUCUCCGCUCUCCCCUCCACCCACCUCCUGCUCACUCAGAUUUGCCCCUCACCAUUUACUCCCCCACCUACAAUAUCAAGCCAUCCGCCAUUACUGACCUGAGCCCAUCGCCCUUCGCAACGCGGAAGCGCCACCACCUCAUGCCGCUCCCGGCCUACCCUGCUGUGCUGCUACUAGUACUAGCAGUGUGCCAUAGCUAGCUGCUAGCGCCACUAGCAGGCUACAGUCGACAGCCACUGCCACCGCUCCCUGCGCCUGCGCAGCUCUGCCACUGUACAGUACCACCAGCGCCCUGCGGCCGCGUUCCCAUGGCGCCCUCCGGCAAUCUGCUGCCCGCGCUCGCCGCCGCUUUCCUCUGCUGCGCCCUCGCGCCGGUCGCCCAAUGCGGCGGCGGCGGAGGCGCCCCGCAGAACUACACCUCCAUGUUCAGCUUCGGCGACUCGCUCACCGACACCGGCAACCUGCUCGUGUCCAGCCCGCUCUCCAACCACAUCGUCGGCCGCUACCCCUACGGCAUCACCUACUUCCACCGCCCCACCGGCCGCUGCUCCGACGGCCGCCUCGUCGUCGACUUCCUAGCGCAAGCGUUCGGCCUGCCGCUGCUGCCGCCGUACCUGCAGUCCAAGGGCAAGGACCUCCGCCGGGGCGUCAACUUCGCCGUCGGCGGCGCCACCGCCAUGGAUCCGCCCUUCUUCCAGGAGAUCGGCGCCUCCGACAAGCUCUGGACCAACCUGUCCCUCAGCGUCCAGCUCGGAUGGUUCGAGCAGCUCAAGCCGUCGCUCUGCAGCUCGCCAAAGAAGUGCAAGGAGUACUUCAGCAAGUCCCUGUUCCUGGUCGGAGAGAUUGGGGGAAAUGACUACAACUACGCGUUCUUCAAGGGCAAGACCCUGGACGACGCCAAAACUUACGUUCCCACGGUCGCCGGCGCGGUCACCGAUGCCACUGAGAGGCUGAUCAAAGCCGGCGCGACGCACCUGGUGGUGCCGGGGAACCUGCCGAUGGGCUGCUCGUCGGCGUACCUGACCCUGCACCCCGGCCGGAACGGCAGCGACUACGACGCCGCCGGCUGCCUCAAGACGUACAACGACUUCGCGCAGCACCACAACGCCGUGCUCCAGCAGAAGCUGCAGGCGCUCCGGGCCAAGUACCCGCAGGCCAGGAUCAUGUACGCCGACUACUACGGCGCCGCCAUGUCCUUCGCCAAGAACCCCAAGCAGUUCGGCUUCACUCAAGGUCCGCUGCGGACGUGCUGCGGCGGCGGCGGGCCGUACAACUUCAACCCGAAGGCGAGCUGCGGCGUGCGGGGUUCGAGCGUGUGCACGGACCCGUCGGCGUACGCCAACUGGGACGGCGUGCACCUGACGGAGGCCGCCUACCACGCCAUCGCCAACAGCAUCCUCAACGGCCCCUACACCAGCCCCAGGCUCCUCUGAUGAUCGUCCAAGGCCCGUCAUCGACGCGAUGAUCAGCAACUAAUCUGUCGUGGCAAAGACUGUGACUGUGAUGAGCUAGUAGUGGUAAUUAAAACUGUUGUGCGUGCUAGCGUGACACUGGAUGGGUAACUCGUAAUUAAAAUGGUGGAGUUUUGGGUUCUGAA